CCGAAUAAAUUCAAAUUUUAUUUGCAGUUUGCUAACUGAAAAUUUCUCAGUUUUCUACCUGUUUUCCGUUUUCAGAAAUUUUCUUGGUUCAGUUUUUGGCAGUUUAACAUCUUUAAUAAAACUAAUAAGAAAUAGAUUCUUAAUACCAGCAAGUUGGAGGCUGCGGUGUUUAUUUAUUUCUCCCUAUAACGAAUUGUCACUGUUGCUGUCAGUGACACAAGCAACUGCAAACAUCUACCUAGAUCUCGAAGCAUCAUAAGUGAAUUGCAUCAUCCUGUUGACGGUGGCCUUGUUCCUGAUGAUAGCAGCUCAAGCACGUCGAAUUUUCUUCACAUCGCUCCUUUCUCACACUCCGAUCAAUUGCCGGCCAUUACUCGCAGAACUGCAACUUGCAACACCGUGGACGUCGAUUAUUAGAAUGGCUGCGAAGAAGAUUGUGGAUACCUUCAACGAGAUCGACAACGAGAUGGUUUACGUGAAAAACAAACUGGACUCUAUUGGCAGUGUGAUCAGCAGCGGCCAACACUCAGACGUGUCGGCCGGUGCGCUGCAGAAACUGAAGGAUGAAAACAAAGAGCUGCAGCGUCAGAUGUUGGAGAUCAUGAAACAGAUCGCCGUGUACGAUCUCCUAGAAGGAAAGCCACCGUUGGCUCUUAAAGUUUUUCUCCAAAAAGAGAAAACUAAAUCCUCCAGCAACGAACCUCAGCCCGCUCCUCAAACCGUUGAAAAAACUGCGGAGGUACCGGAAGAGUCUCCUGCUGAAAAAUCAAAGAGCGGUUCCGCCAAAAAAUUAAAAGGAGCGGAAGACAGCGCGAAACCAGCCACUUCUCAAUCUCAGACACCCUCAACCGAGACUGAGAGUAAGGGAAAAAGCAAUAAAGCCGAUAAAAGCAAACAGCCGGCGAAGUCAGGUGACGGUGGAGAUCAAAAACCUGAAGGCACAGCGUCAUCCGAUGAUUCCGUCACCGUGGCUCGUUUGGAUAUGCGUGUAGGGAAAAUUGUUGAAGUUGAUAAGCACCCAGAUGCGGAUUCACUGUACGUGGAGAAGAUCGAUCUGGGUGAGGGGCAGCCGCGAACCAUCGUCAGUGGACUGGUCAAGCAUGUUCCCAUUGAAGAAAUGCGCAAUCGAUUGGUCAUUGUCCUGUGCAAUCUGAAACCGGCAAAAAUGCGUGGCGUUACAUCUGAAGGAAUGGUGAUGUGUGCAAGCACUCCGGAUAAAGUGGAACUUCUAAUUCCUCCCAACGGCUCUCAGCCCGGUGAUCGAGUCACCUUCGAUGGAUAUCCCGGCACGCCUGAUGACCAGCUAAACCCUAAAAAGAAAAUUUGGGAGACGGUCGCUCCGGAUUUGACGGUAGAUGCAAAUAAAACCGCUAUUUACAAAGGUGUCCCAUUUAGUGUUGCUGGAAAAGGGAUCGUUGUUUCACCAUCUCUUGUGAAUUGUCCAGUGAAGUAAAGAUUUGUGGUAGUCGGUAGGAACUUGAUUCUGGAGUUUUGUCUUUAACAUAUGGAUGGAUUUCCUUCUUUUUCAAAUAAAGCUUUAAAUAUGA